AAAUGCAAAACGACCAGUGUUCCACUCUUCUAUUGGCUUUUGGAUUCUUCGGUUAUUCCCCCAUUUCAAGUUCCAUGGUUCAACGCACACAAAACUCUUAAUUUUUUGAAUAAACAAAAUACCCACCUAUUAAAUCCAAAUCCCGACAAGGAAAUUUUUAUAUUUGAAUAAGAUUCACCGAGAGAAAGAAGGAACAGUGAAAAACAGAUUCACCAAAAGCUCCCUGAAUCAAAGUUUCAGCUCUUUCAGGACUAUCUGCACCGACUCGGUUACUCUUCUCUCUCUCUCUCUCUCUCUCUCUGCCUCUCUUUCGGUCUAUCUUCUUAUUUUAUUUAUUUUUCUCUAUAUAUCUGGGAUAGUCACCUUUCAAAUCUGGUGUAUGAAUCUCUCGCUUUUUCUUUUGAUUCUGUUUUGAGCUUUGAAGGCUUGUUUUCUGUUGAGUUUUUGUUCAGCUUACAUGGGUUCAUUUUAGUUUUUGGAGCUAGUGAAUGUAUAGAACAAAACCCAUUAGCAAAACCCUAAGUUUUGUCUAUCUAGAUUAAAUCAUUCCUCAAUUGAAUCAUUAUGGCAUUUGAUCAGAACCAUAUCCCUAAAGAUCUAAGACCAUUAACCGUUGCCAGAACAAUAUCCGAAGAGCCCCGCAUUGCUGCGGCUUCCAUCGCUGCUGCUCCCUCUAUUGCUACAACGUCAGCAACGAGUAGAAGCCCAGAAAUUUUUGCCAACCCAGAUGGUUCUAUACCCGUUUUUUACCCGAUGACCGUGUCUGAUGCUGGUUUUGUAGGUUUAGGGUAUGGUAAUCCGGCCCCAUGGGCUCCACGCCUGCCGGUGCCGAUUGGGAGUGGGAAUAGCGCUUCUGUUGGGUUUGGUUACAGCCCCAAUUUGGGUAAUAGGGUGGUUGGUAAUGCCGUUGAUCAUGCUGCACAUGAUGUGGUUGGUGGGUCUGGUAGCAGUCCCCAUUUGAACAAUAUGGUUAACUCUAAUGGGGGCAAUGAGUUGACAAGUUUGGGAUUUGGUUACAAUCCUAAUUUGGGGAACCGUGGAAGUGGUAGUGGCACCGGGGUUGAUCAUGUGAGUGAAGAGGGUGGGGAUGAUUCUGUGUCUGGGAAGAAAGUCAAGUUCUUAUGUAGUUUUGGGGGGAAGAUUUUGCCUAGACCCAGUGAUGGUAUGUUGAGAUACGUUGGAGGGCAGACUAGGAUCAUUAGUGUGAGGAGAGAUGUGACCUUUAAUGAGCUAGUGCAAAAGAUGGUGGAUGCAUAUGGGCAACCAGUGAUUAUCAAAUACCAGCUUCCUGAUGAGGAUCUUGAUGCACUUGUAUCGGUUUCUUGUCCUGAUGAUCUUGAUAAUAUGAUGGAUGAGUAUGAGAAGUUGGUUGAGAGGUCUUCCGACGGGUCAGGUAAGUUAAGGGUUUUUCUGUUCUCUGCUACUGAGCUUGAAGCAGCUGGUACAGUGCAAUUUGGAGAUUUACAUGACAGCGGACAGAGAUAUGUUGAUGCAGUAAAUGGAAUUGCGGAUGGUGUUGGCUGUGCUUUUGCUUGGAAGGAGAGUAUAGCAAGUGCAACUUCAACUCAGAACUCUGAUUUUAGUGGCACUGAGGCGGUUGAUAGCUCAGGUACUGGACAAGUGGACGUGAGUGGCGCGCCAACAACUAGUUUAUUGUCACCUAGAGGCGAUCUGGCAAGCCCCCACGAUUCCAGUCCAAAAUUUGUGCCAGUGGAGCCUAAUCCUCCAGUUUAUGCUGAUGCAUCUGCAGUGUCCCUGGGCAUUCCCACGGUUAAGUCCGGCCCUCCCCAAACAUUAUCUUCACAGCCAGAGGUUGAAAUUGAGAGGUCUAUACCUGUUGCUGUGCCACAGCAGCAAUUGGGAUAUGAUUUCCAGAAAAUGGGAAUGGGCAUUCCACCACCUGCAUCUCACUUGCAGGCUUAUGUAGAACCCCACCAAGAAAUCACAAAUCAUGCAGAUUAUAUGUAUCUUCCUGCCCAGAUGAGAUUUCCCAAUGCUCAGUUGUUGGGGACUGCUGGAUCUGUAUUCACUCAACAACAGAUUCGUGACAGUAAUGCAAGUGUGGCUUCUCAUCAAUAUAUUCCUGCUGCGCAUAUGACGAUGAGUCCCACAUCUUCUCAUGUAGCUAUGAGGCCAACCAUUGUUCAGCCACUGGUGCAACCACAACAAGCUCGUGUGGAGCGAUUUUCAGAUGAAAACAUGCAUGGAACAAGGAUUGUUCAGUUUCCUGAUCCAGGUUACAAUGCUUAUCAGCUCCAACAUCCCCCUGCUAUUGUUGGGGGUGGCUACUGCUGGCAUCCAGUUGCUCAGACAGAGCAUGUUGUCUUUUCUGAUGGAUCAGUGCCCCACCAGCAGGUAAUAAUUCCUGAGAAAAUUCAGAGGUUAGAGGAUUGUUUCAUGUGUCAGAAACAAUUGCCUCAUGCACAUUCAGAUCCUUUGGCACAGGACCAAAGGGAGGGUGGGAUAAGCAAUCUAUCUCAUUCAAACUCACUUAAUCAUAGUCUUCAUUUGGGAGACACUAUGAAAGGUCAGCCUUUGAGUUGGAGUAUGGUUGGUGGAGGUUUGGGGGAUGGCACUAUUGAACAGGGUGUUGGGGCUCGAUCCUCUGCCCUUAGCCAUGUUGACCAUCAAGUUGGAUUGCAACAAUCAGAAGCAAUUGUGUUCUCUCAUAAUGAGAAUGAGAGAACUACCAUGCGGAAAGCAGAUGAUUCUGAUCAAUCUCAGAUUUCAGUUCCUCAUGGUAUGAUGGCUGUACCAGGAUUCCAGGGUAUAGUUCUCCAGUCUCGUCCAGAAGGUUCUGUUCAGCAGCAUCAGGUUUCAGGUCAAUACCAGGUUAAGGAGGAGACCUUACAGAUAAAACCUAGUAAUGGUAAUUUCUCUAAUUUUCCUGGUGUAAUUCAAGCUUCAGAACGAUCAGGUCAUGAAUGCCCAGUAGAAUACUCUGGUAGCAUGCAUCGUGAUGUUUCCAAAGAAGAUAUUAUAGACUCCUGUGUAUCAUAUGAUCAGCGAAGAUCAGUUGAGGAGAUGUUAGAAACCCUCCAUAUAAACCCUGAAAUUAAUAAUGAUCAGAAUAAGUCACAUGUUGAUAAUCUGUGGAAGGAAGAUAUCUUGGAUCACAGAACCCAACAAUUAGGUGGAAGGGAUGCAUUUCUGGAUGAUAGCUAUAAAAAGCAUCAGGUGGUUCCUGACUCAAACCAUGUUAAGCCAACUGAUUUACUGCCUGCUUCUGUGGUCACGCAGCAACCUGUUUACGGUAAUCAAGUAUCAUAUCCACAAUCCAAUAUUGGAAUUCAUCUAUUGGAUUCUGGUGAGGUUAGUUAUGGAAACCCUACAUUCCAAGUUGUUCAGCCAGCCUAUGCAAUUGAUAGAAUCCUACAACCAAAAAUUAGUCCAACUGAUGUGGGACCUGGAGCUCAAAAUGCUAAUGUGCCGUCUUCCUUAGCAUCAUCUGGUAGAGUUAGUGAUUUUCAGGAUUCCCCAAACUCACUUUUCAGCAGCCAGGAUCCAUGGAAUCUAAGGCAUGACGCUCACCUUCCUCCUCCUAGACCCAACAAAAUUCUAACGAAAAAAGAAGCUUUUGAUACCAAAGAUCCUUUCAGUGAGAACCUUGCAAAUAAUCCUGUAGAAAUAAUAACAGAUGGGCUGAUGGGGGAUGGGGUUCCCCAGCCACUGAGCAAUUCAAAAAAGGAUUUGAAUUUGGAGCAAGCUCAAUCAUCCAAAGGCUCAGCUGAGGAACUCAUCAAGCAAGAACUUCAGGCUGUAGCUGAGGGAGUAGUUGCUUCUGUUUUUCAAUCAGGUAAUCAUAGUCCUGACUCAAUGGUAUAUGAAAGAAAUGAAUCAGCAUAUGAAGCAAGUCAAGACAUGAAAAUUUCAAGCGAAGAUAUAGAAGUGCAGCACAAAGCUAAAUUUGAGGACAUGAAGAAUAAACUGCCAGAAAAGCUGAAUUUUCGAUUUCCAGUAUCUGAAGGAAAUUAUCGUCUGCAGAUUAUAAAGAAUAUCGACCUUGAAGAGCUGCGAGAAUUGGGUUCUGGAACCUUUGGGACAGUAUAUCAUGGGAAGUGGAGGGGCACUGAUGUUGCAAUUAAAAGGAUUAACGAUAGAUGUUUUGCUGGGAAACCUUCUGAGCAAGAACGCAUGAUAGAUGAUUUCUGGAAUGAGGCAAUUAAGCUUGCUGAUUUGCACCAUCCAAAUGUCGUUGCUUUCUAUGGUGUUGUGCUUGAUGGUCCUGGAGGAUCUGUUGCUACUGUGACAGAGUACAUGGUUAAUGGUUCUUUGAGGAAUGCUUUGCAGAAGAAUGAGAGGAGUCUUGACAAGCGAAAACGUCUGCUGAUUGCCAUGGAUGUGGCCUUUGGUAUGGAAUACUUGCAUGGAAAGAACAUAGUACACUUCGACUUGAAGAGUGACAAUUUACUUGUCAAUCUUCGAGAUCCUCACCGCCCAAUAUGCAAGUUUGACAACUUCCUCAAAGAACAAGCCAAUUACAUGUGAAGCAUCAGCGAUCUUAUUACAUGGAAUAAAUGUUGACAUCAGUGAUCUUAUAGAACACCUAUCUGCUGUUGCUAAAAUAGAAUCAAGACAUCAAGCUAUUUAGGUAAGCCAACAACAAACUCCUUGCUCACAUCUUUCCGAGCAUAUGUGGAAUAGGAAGUGCAAUGUUCAAACUAGCGUUAUUCUUUUUAGCCUUAGCUAGCUGAAAACUGCUGGAGGCCAAUAGAACCCAACCUCGAGCAGUUGCAAUGGUCUUCUGAAGACUGCUGUAGAGCAAUGGUCUUAGAGACAUCUCUGUUUAGCUUCAUUGAGUUUUCUAAAGAAUGCUAGACAAUGCCCUUCACGUUCAGUGCCAACACCUGAUGCAUCUCAAUCAACUUAAAGACCUUAUCAAAAUGGUGAUGACUCAAAACAGGGGUUUGACUUAUUUUCAAUUUAAUAUCAUCAAAAGUUUUAGUAGUGGUUAGUGCAAUUAAACUCACCUUUCAUUAGAUUUGGAUUCAUAAUUGAACUAAUCCCCUUGAUAAAUAUUUUAUGAAUAAAAUUAGGUAACCCAUGUAAACUAUGCGACUCAUAAACUGUUUUAGGUGUAGGCUACUUUAAUGACUUACCCUUUUAGGAUCAACUGUUAUGUUUUGCACAGAUACAAUGAGCACUAAGAAAAAUGCUUAAAAUUGCACAAAAGAGCCUUUUUUUUUUUAAAGGAUAAGUACAGCUUGUUCCCAUAAGAGUAACAAAAACUUGAUGAAUUGAUCCAAAUUGCUCUUUUUAGAUCCACUAUAUAUCGAAAAUAUCUUCAAACAAACCACCAAAAACUUGACCAAAAAAUUGCAAGACAUGAUUCAUGACAUCCAUAAAAGUUCCAAGUGCACAAAUGGUAUCAGUAGUCAUUUACACGAUCUAUCUUCAAUUUUAAAAGCAUUUUUUCAUUCAUCACCAGGACUAAUAUGGAUUUGAUAUUGUGCAAUGUUCAUUACACAAGUGAAUUUUAGGGAACCAGCAAGAACCUGAAGACAUAAUAAUUUUCAGAGGGGGAUUAAAAAUUAGUUCUCAGUUUUUAUUGGUUCCGAAAUUAAUUUCCAAUCACAGAAAAAAGUCUCAAAAAAUCUAGAAAUGAUGUGUUUGUAAUGGAGUAUUUUAUGUUGUAACUAUUAGGAUUUGGAACCAUAAAUAAGAAAAUGCAAAACGAACUCUAAUUAGGAUUACAAAUCAAUACAGAAUUCACAAGUAAUUAAAAAAGACUACUUUCUAUAUUUUUUCCCCCUGAAAUAGUUACUUAGGUAGUCCUAACAUAUCUAGAAAAUCCUGCUGCACUAAUGCAGAGUCAAUCUACCAAGCAAUUAAAUUC